UUCCUGCUUGUUCACGCUUGUGUCUACUCAUACCUACUGCACCUAUUAUCACUCUUUCGCCGUCACCUGAGUCAGGCUAUACCCCAACUCAAUAUGACCAACCUAUCAUUUCGUGAGCAGGGCAAUGAGCGCUUCAAAGCCGGCGAAUACAAAGAGGCCGAAGAGCUAUACAGUAGAGCCAUCGCUGAACACUCUCGAUCCGACCCGAAAGUCUUCGCCAACCGAGCCCUUACACGACUGAAGUUACAGGAUUGGCAAGGCGCCGAAUCUGAUGCCAGGAAGGCGAUCGAACUGUAUGGCCCCAAGAACGGAGCAGCUGCCAUGAAAUCCCACUACUACCUCGCACAAGCACUCCUUCCACAACGGCACGUGGGUGAGGCUCUUGACGAAGCAAAGCAUGCCUAUGCUACGUGUCUUGAGACCAAAGACUCCAGCGCCGAACUUAUCGGCCAGUUCAUACUAAAGGCGAAACAAGCGCAAUGGCAAGCGAAGGAGACUUCACGGUUAAGAGAGUUGAACGACACACUGGCACUCGUGGAGGAUCUUCUGAACCAGCAGUUGGAUCGUGAUCUGAAGGACGUCGAAGAUCGAUUCGAAAGACAAGAGAUCGGCGAGACAGGAAGGCGUGAGGAGAUUCAAGGACUGGCAGACGAGGCGGAAACAAGGCGAGGGAAUAUCCGAAUGGCCUUUCAGCAUUCUGCUGAACCAGACACGGUCGAGAGGGUCGUACCGGACUGGAUGAUUGAUCCUAUCACGUUCGAAGUCAUGCACGACCCAGUCAUUACACCUACCGGUGUCUCUUUCGAACGGACAAGUCUUCUCAAGCACAUCAAGGUUCAUGCUUGUGAUCCGCUGACAAGGCUUCCUCUGAAGUCGGAACAGUUGGUUCCUAAUGUUGCAUUGAAGAACGCCUGUUCAGAGUUUCUGGACAAGAACGGUUGGGCCGUGGAUUGGUAAGCUGAUAUACAGGUGAUCGCCUUCUACACCUAGCGAUGAUGAGCAUUUUUGCGAGCAACGACGUUAAAAAGGACCUGAACUUUUGCAUGGUCAGCGCCGUAGGCAAGGCUCUCGGUACUGGCUUGCCCUAAUGGUUCACAUUGGCUAUACAGGCGACAUUG